UCCUGACCACAGAUGAUCCGUCCGCCUUGGCCUCUCAAAGUUCUGGGAUUACAGGCAUGAGCCACGGUGCCCGACCAUCUUCCAAAACUCAACUGUGAUGUCCCUCCUCCAGAACGCCUGACGACAGGACAUGACUUUUUUAAAUCCCCAGUGCCUAAACGUCUAAAGAGCUGAGUGGGUUGCCUAGGAUCGGCCAGGCCUGCAUAUCCGCGAGCAGAUGCGGAUUUCCACCAGGGGGCGCUAGGACGCCACGACCUUUCACUAUGUGCACCAGGGGGCGCUGCCGCCCGCCUUGGCCAUCCCGGACUGGGAAGUCCGACCCUAGGAUUAAGCCCCGCCUAAUUGGGAAAGGCUCUGAGAAACUAUUUGCAUUAUCUUGAAAGGGCCGUGCUGAAUGGUUGAGGUAGAUAAGCCGACUGUGAAACAAGCUCUCUCAUUGGCUUAAAUUUCCCCCCUCGCUCUGCGUCGCCAUCCCGGCCCUGCUGGACACCGGGGACAGUAGGAAGCCGCGGGGUGGUGGCGAGAGAGGACCCAGGUGUCCCGACAGUGAGCGCCGCGGGGCGCAGGCUGGGCCAAGGUGCAGGCGGCCAGGGUGGGAGACUGUUCGCCCCGCCCUGACUCCUCCUCUCUUCUCUGCCAGUCCAGGAGUCGGAGAUGUGCAGCUAAAGAAAGCGCAUCUGGGGACGGACAUAUCUGGCACUGCAGCCCUCGCCACCUGCCUCUCCACCCACCGAGGCCCUGGCGACCCUGGCCCCACCACGCUACCUUGAGAGUCGCUCGAAAGUAGGGCCCCAGGGCUCGCAGCAGCAUGGGCACCGAGAGAGAAAGCCCAGAGCCCGACUGCCAGAAACAGUUUCAGGCUGCAGUGAGCGUCAUCCAGAACCUGCCUAAGAACGGUUCUUACCGCCCCUCCUAUGAAGAGAUGCUGCGAUUCUACAGUUACUACAAGCAGGCCACCAUGGGGCCCUGCCUGGUCCCCCGGCCUGGAUUCUGGGACCCCAUUGGACGAUAUAAGUGGGACGCCUGGAACAGUCUGGGCAAGAUGAGCAGGGAGGAGGCCAUGUCUGCCUACAUCACUGAAAUGAAACUGGUGGCACAGAAGGUGAUCGACACAGUGCCCCUGGGUGAGGUGGCAGAGGACAUGUUUGGUUACUUCGAGCCCCUGUACCAGGUGAUCCCUGACAUGCCGAGGCCCCCAGAGACCUUCCUGAGAAGGGUCGCAGGUUGGAAAGAGCAGGUUGUGAAUGGAGAUGCUGGGGCUGUUUCAGAGCCUCCCUGCCUCCCCAAGGAACCGGCACCCCCAAGCCCAGAGUCCCAUCCACCCAGAGACCUGGACUCCGAGGUUUUCUGUGAUUCCCUGGAGCAGCUGGAGCCUGAGCUGGGUUGGGCAGAGCAGCAGGCAGCAUCUGGAGGAAAGCGUGAUCCCAGGAACAGCCCCGUGCCCCCUACAGAGAAAGAGGGGAGCACAGCAGGGCCCCAGGAGUUGGACGUGUGGCUGCUGGGGACAGUUCGAGCACUACAGGAGAGCAUGCAGGAGGUGCAGGCGAGGGUGCAGAGCCUGGAGAGCAUGCCCCGGCCCCCCGAGCAGAGGCCGCAGCCCAGGCCCAGUGCUCGGCCAUGGCCCCUUGGGCUCCCGGGGCCCACGCUGCUGUUCUUCCUCCUGUGGCCCUUCGUCGUCCAGUGGCUCUUCCGAAUGUUUCGGACCCAAAAGAGGUGACUGUCAUUGGAGGGGUCUCUGCAGCCAACUGAGACUAUCUUGUGUGCCAUGAGCCUUCCUAGGGUUUAGAAGAACAGCAUUCAAAAUUCCCCCUCCUGUCAGUGUUUGCCUUCGCACCUCCUCCCCUAACGCAGCGCGGGGUGCAAAUAAGACCCCACCCCUCCCUGCACCUUCAUAGGGACGCUUCCUUCCCUCCCCGCAACCACCCCAGGCUUUCCUGGGAGGAUGCAGUUGUGGUGCACGUCCCCGGUGCUGGGUUGGCCGUGACUCGGGGGCGGGGCUAUCGGGUCUCAGCCCCUGCCCUCCCCACCCUCUGGGUCACCUGACUCUCUUCCCACCCCUGCUUCUCCCCGAGGAGGUUCAGCUCUUGGGCAAGUUGGGACUCGGGCCGGGGCCUGGAAGAAUGAUUGGCUGGGAGGCUGCGGGAGGGAGGCCAGGAGGCCCCGACCAGUUGGGAGGAGGGAGCAGGCCCCGGGGGAGGGGGAUGAGCGCAGUUUGCUCGUCUUCCUCCCCUGCCGGCCCCCUCCGCCCCCACACACACUCAGGACGUCUUCACUGAAGAUUCACUUACAAACGAAUGUUUCACUCAAUAAAAGAAAACCAUAAUCUUC